AGACCAUCUCCUGCAGCAGGUCAUCUUGAUCCUCGAGGGAUCACUCGUGAGUGAGAGAGCGAGUCAACGAGUGUUGUAUAUACUCUCUCACACUUUACACCAUGAGCUACAACAACGAGUUCAUCUUGAGGCAUCUUGCCGACGACCCUCACGCCCCGGCAUCGCCCGAAGCGUCUUCCUCCCGCUCACACGCACCUCGACACGCCCUCCUUCCCCGUGGACCUACAUUAGCACAUGCCUUGCCAUCAUCCCAUGUCUUGGAAGAAGAGGCCGUCCGAUCUUCAUCCCUUGAACUGGCCAGACAGUCUGUCGAGGCUGAGCGGGAGCGAGCUCUAGCCGAAGCUCUCGCUGAAGAAGAGCGCAAAGAGAAACGGCGCGAGCUCAAAGAAUCGCAAGGCACCUGGACCAAUCUGAUCGCCGGUCGACGCAAGGGCAAGGACAAGGGUGGGGGUCCGGACACGAGAGACGGAAAGACGAAACCGUUCGACAGGCCUCCUCAGGCUUACGAACUGUAUGCUGCGAUCGACAAGAAGGAUCUCAAUUAUAUCGCCCGAGUCAGAGACCAUGCGUUCCCUCUGUUGCUGCAAAAGAACGCAGGAGAGUUUCCCAUCAUCUACGCUUCCCGAAUAGGGCAAUCGCACAAAGAUAUCGUCAUCUUGCUAUGCGGAGCCCUUUCGAGAUACGUUAAUCAUCUGGACGACGAGGAUUUUUCUAAACGAGAAACCAUUUCUGUCUUGAGAGCGUUGAGGGUAAAUCUCAAGAUGGCCAUUGACAAUUCUCUCCUCCCAGCGUUCGACUCUUCCCUCUUGUCCUCUUACCUGCAAGUCCUGAUCAUGUCCGAAGGAGACAUCUGGAUCCACAAGGCCGUCCACGAAGUCGCACUCUGGUUGAGAACGUGGGAAGUCCAACCGGGUACCACCGUCCUUCCCGUCGAGGUCGAUCACUCUCAGUCUCCAUUGGCGGAAGAGGCUGGCCUAGUGAAAGCGACAAGACGGAGAGCUCCCUCGGACACAGAGCCGCUGCCUUUCAGACAAGGACCCGUCCACAAGGCCGAAUCGCUCAUCUCCUCCUUCUGCACCAAAGAGCUCAAGAACGUACCACUGCGGAGCGGCAAAGAAGGCGGGUUGGGCGUCGAGGAGUAUGUGGCGAAUUCGACGAUGGAUCUAGUUUUGAUGGCAGGUUGGACCGUGUUGAGCGAGAUCGUGCCGGGCGGGCUCGAAGCAUUGCCUACGUAUACUUUCGCAAGGGAUCUUCGGACGUACUCCAUGUUCAACGAACGGUUGGCUCAACACCGGACCGUCAUUCAACCGAAGCUGCAGUCCAAUAAGAGGCUCAAACGUCAGGUCGACCUGCUCGUCGAGGUUUGCGGGGAGACGCGAAUCGGGAUCAAGGGGAGGGUCGAGAUCCUCAAGGAACGUUUGGACGGUAGAUGAUUGGCUAUUUCGGAUUGUUCGGCGUUUCAUCACCAAUCUUAAUACCCAUAGCUUGAAACGUAUACAUU